GAUUGCCCGGGAUAAAAUCUGUUUGCGGAGGUGGUUUGGGCCUGAAGCAAUUUAAAGAGUGGAAUCAAGCCAUUAUGUGCAAACACCUGUGGAGUAUCUGGCAAGGAAACCUGAUAUUUGGGUGCAAUGGGCUUAUGCAAAACGCAAAGGUUGCUGCGUGGGGGCCUCACUUAAUGGUGGCUAGUGGGAGAAAUUCUUUGGGUUGGAACAUACCAAACAGCUUCAGAGGAAGUCACCCUCAGUUAGCAGAGCAGAUUUGUAAGCUGCAGACCCAGUCGGGUGCUGACUGUGUAGCUUGGAAUAGAACUACUGUUCCUAGGCAUAGCUUCGUUUUGUGGCUUGCAGCAAGAGGAAGGCUGAAGACAAAUGAGCAGCUUGUGAGGAGACGCCUGACUAUUGACGCUUUGCUGAAUGGCCCUGGCUACAGCAUGAAGCAAGAGGAAUUGAAGAAGAGGAGUGGAUGAAAAUGUUAAUAUCUGUAGUUAACAUUGUUGCUUCUCAUUUGAGAUUAUUAAUUGGGAUGUAAACAGAUGGUAAUAGCCUAGCUAUGCCCAGUGUAGUUGUAGUCCCCUUUCAUGGGGCAUAUAGUUUGGAAUAAAAUGUAACUUCUCCU